AUGGAAGGUGAAAUUACUCUUCACUAUUUCAAUAUUUAUGGUACAGCUGAGCCUAUAAGAAUGAUAUUUCAUUAUUUUAAUAUUCCUUUUCGAGAUAACCAAAUAAGCUUUCAAGAUUGGAGUCAUCUAAAGCAUAAUAGUUUUGUUAGGAUAGGAAAAUUACCAGUCUUGGAAAUAGAUAACGAAAACUAUUCAGAAUGCUAUUCUAUUCUUGGAUAUUUAGCAAAUGAAAUCGGAAUAAUGCCUGAUGAUUGAAUGGAAAAAUAUCUUGUAGACUCUAUAUGUGAAUUUAUUAUUGGGGUUAACAAAAAUUUUACAAAAUUAGCAAUAAAAAAUGACCUUGAAAAUAAAGAAAGGAUUAUUCAUGAAAUUGUGCCGAAAUGACUUAGAAGAUUUGAAGCCAGACUUUCAAAAAAUAAUGAAGGAAAAGAUUGCUUUGUAGGGAAAAGAUUAACUGUUGCUGAUUUUAUUGUUUUUCAAUUCAUGUGGGAUUAUUUUUUAAAGCCUGGGAAAGCUGAAAUUUAUAGACUUAUGGUGGAGCAGUGCGCGCCAACACUUAUGGAAUGGACUUAUAGGUUUUUGGAUUCAUCUCCUGAAUUAAUUUCAUAUAUAGAAAGCAGAGAUCAAUUUAUCUUUUAA